GGGGGUUUCUAUGCCUAACCUGAUAAUCGACUUAACAUGUCUUUUUUGAAUGGAUAGAGAUCCCAGAAAAUGCCACAUCUGCUUUUUUGUAUUCCAUUCCUCAGAAUUCCAGAAUUCUCAAGAGGAUUCUCCUCAGCCGGAGGCACGUGUGGUGGUCCCAGACCGCAGUCAGACUCCGGGAGAAGAGUCCUCUGUCUCGGAGUAUUUCUCCUGCGUGUCGUCUCCAGGAAAGCUUCUAGCUGCUGCUGAGGACGGAGGAGGAGGAGAAGGAAUCCUUCAGUGGCAUCAGUAUAUUCUUCAAACUCAGCCUCUUGAGAUGACUCUACCCGAGGUCUUGGAGGAAUGGCAAGCUUCCUCUGACUCUACCCAAGACCCCUUUCCACCAUACCUGGGAACGGCACCCGUCAAGGAGAUUUACUACAGGCCGGUCCAGAUGAAAAGAGGUGUGGCUGUGUCAUGGGAUGAGGUGGAAGUCUUGCAGCCCGCCUCAAAGAAGACCAAAAGACAAUCUGCUUUUUUCGAAGAGGCUGAAAAAAAGGGUGAAGAGGCCUCAGACAUAUGGAGCCGCUUGUCUACACGGGAACUCGUAGAUGUCAGCGACUAUAGCGAAGCCUCAGAGGAGAGGGAGCAGCCUGGCAGUGCGGUGGAGCCUCCAGCCCAGGAGGAGAGCCCCAGGGCCGAGACGCCUGAGUGGCUGGUGGCCCUGGACAGCGGCUUCAGGUGCCUGGGCUGCUGCCGGGUUUUCCCCAGCUUGGAGGUCCUGCAGGACCACGUGGACAAUGCGGUCCGUGAGGGCUUCAGCUGCCGGGUUUUCCAUCGCAUCUUGGCUUGGCUGAAUGACAAGAAGGAGGAGGCGAAGGAGAAUCGAUGCACGAUCAUUUAG